CACUUCUUCUUCUUCUACAUUGUUUUGGUUUUACCUCUUAGUUGUUUAUUUGUGAAAAUGUCCUCUAAAAAUAGGAAACGCACGGCUAGCAGCAGCAGCAGUGCCGAGGAGCCGGACAGUGAGGAGGAGUCGCGUCUGAAAGAUCUGCAAGAGCGCGAUGAGUUCGCUAACAGACUGAAACAGCGGGAUGAGGAUCGCACGCGUAAGGUGGUGGACUCCACCGGAGGUCGCAAGGCUAUCGAAGAGGCCACCAAGCGCCUUAAACUGGAGCAUGAGGAUCGGGACAAGAUUGUGCCCCACUUGCGGCUGCAGUCACGUCGCCAAUACUUGGAAAAGCGAAAGGACGACAAGGUGGCCGAACUGGAGGCGGACAUUCUGGACGAUGAGUAUCUCUUCGACGAGAGCGUCCUGACCAAAAGGGAGAAGGAGGAGCGUCAGUACAAGAAGCAACUGUUAAAUAUUGCUAAGGAGCAUGAAAAGGCUCGGGAAUUGGAGCGCAUUCAGCGCUAUCAAAUGCCACAGGACUUAAAGAAGGGGGAGAGAUCCGAGUACGUUGAGGUUGAUGACUUCGAAAAGCAGCCCAACUCCGAGCAGAAGAAAUGGGAAGCUGAACAGUUGGCUUCGGCUCGCUUCCAAUUUGGAGCGAAGGAUGCCAAGGCGCAGGAGGAGUACGAGUUGCUGCUUGAUGAUCAGAUUGACUUUAUUCAAGCCCUCACAUUAGAUGGUAGUCGCGAGAAAUCGUCCAGUCGGCAGCCGGAGCUCACGGAGAAGGAACGCAAACGUCUGACAUUGGAUGAAACCAGACGAUCUCUGCCCGUCUAUCCCUUCAAAGACGAUCUGAUAGCUGCUGUGAAGGAGCACCAGGUGCUAAUCAUCGAAGGCGAAACAGGAUCGGGAAAAACAACCCAGGUGCCACAGUAUCUCGUCGAAGCUGGUUUCACCAAGGACAAGAAAAUGAUCGGAUGCACGCAGCCUCGGCGAGUGGCUGCCAUGUCGGUGGCGGCGCGUGUGGCCGAGGAGAUGGGCGUGAAGCUGGGCAACGAGGUAGGCUACAGUAUCCGUUUUGAGGACUGCACCUCGGAUCGCACCAUUCUGAAGUACAUGACGGACGGCACACUGCAUCGUGAGUUUCUCUCUGAACCGGAUUUGGCUUCGUACAGUGUGAUGAUUAUUGAUGAGGCUCACGAGCGCACCCUGCACACGGAUAUUUUGUUUGGCCUGGUCAAGGAUAUUGCUCGGUUUAGGCCAGAGUUGAAGCUGCUCAUCUCCAGUGCCACUCUGGAUGCGGAUAAGUUCUCCGCCUUCUUCGACGAUGCUCCCAUCUUUCGGAUACCCGGUCGUCGGUAUCCUGUGGAUAUCUUUUACACGAAGGCCCCGGAAGCGGAUUACAUCGACGCGUGCUGCGUUUCAGUCUUGCAGAUCCAUGCCACUCAGCCCUUGGGCGAUAUUCUAGUGUUCCUAACGGGUCAGGAUGAGAUCGAAACCUGCCAGGAGGUUCUGCAAGAUCGCGUUAAGCGAUUGGGCUCUAAAAUCCGUGAGCUGAUCGUUAUACCCGUCUAUGCGAAUCUUCCGAGUGACAUGCAGGCCAAAAUCUUUGAGCCCACGCCACCGAAUGCGCGAAAAGUUAUUCUAGCCACCAAUAUAGCAGAGACAUCGCUGACCAUCGAUAAUAUCAUAUAUGUGAUUGAUCCUGGCUUUGCCAAGCAGAAUAAUUUCAAUUCCCGCACUGGCAUGGAAUCGCUGAUGGUGGUUCCCAUUUCCAAGGCAUCGGCAAACCAGCGAGCAGGCAGAGCAGGUCGAACUGCGCCGGGAAAGUGCUUCCGCUUGUACACUGCAUGGGCAUACAAGCACGAACUGGAGGACAACACUGUGCCGGAGAUUCAGCGCAUCAAUCUGGGGAAUGCGGUGCUAAUGCUCAAGGCGUUGGGCAUCAACGAUCUGAUACACUUUGACUUUCUGGAUCCGCCGCCGCACGAGACACUGGUUUUGGCCCUGGAGCAACUUUAUGCCUUGGGUGCACUAAAUCAUCAUGGCGAGUUGACCAAGUUGGGUCGACGAAUGGCCGAGUUCCCUGUGGAUCCCAUGAUGGGCAAGAUGCUGCUAGCAAGCGAAAAAUACAAAUGCUCUGAGGAAAUGGUGACCAUUGCAGCCAUGCUGUCAGUGAACAGCGCCAUCUUCUACAGACCCAAGGACAAAAUAAUCCAUGCCGACACUGCCCGAAAGAACUUCAAUCACAUGCACGGCGAUCAUUUGAGUCUGCUGCAGGUGUACAAUCAGUGGGCAGAAACGGAUUACAGCACCCAGUGGUGCUAUGAGAAUUUCAUUCAGUACAGAUCCAUGAAAAGAGCUCGGGAUGUGAGAGAGCAACUGGUUGGACUCAUGCAGCGUGUCGAAAUCGACAUGGUUAGCUGUCUUCCAGAGACUGUAAAUGUUCGCAAGGCAGCCACGGCUGGGUACUUCUACCAUGUGGCGAGACUCUCGAAAGGAGGUCACUACAAGACCAUUAAGCACAAUCAGACGGUGAUGAUUCACCCAAACUCUUCGCUUUUUGAGGAGCUCCCCAGGUGGGUGCUCUAUCACGAACUGGUCUUCACCUCCAAGGAGUACAUGCGUCAGGUCAUCGAGAUCGAGAGCAAGUGGCUGCUGGAGGUGGCUCCGCAUUACUAUAAGGCCAAGGAGCUGGAGGAUUCCACAAACAAGAAGAUGCCAAAGGGCGCCGGACGGGCCGAAAUGACGCAAUAAUAAGGGUGUUGUAAUGAGUGAAGAUUAAAAACAAUUUAAUUUUAAACUUUUA